GUGCCUCAAACCGAUUCUUAUCUUCCUUUUCCUGGUUCUCCCCCCCCCCUUACCAGGCUUACAAGCAAAACAGAACGGACUGCACAUGGAGGCCGAAUUCCCCACGGUCAGCGAAAUAGCAAAGCACGACGAGCGCCCACGCAUCUCCGGGUUCGAGGACCUGGCGUUUGGCUCGCUGGCCGGCAUGGCAGGCAAGUUUGUCGAGUACCCGUUCGACACAGUCAAGGUGCGGCUGCAGACCUCCGAGUCGCAGGUGUUCUCGGGCACGCUGGACUGCCUGAAGCAGACAUGGCAGAACGAGGGCUUCCGCGGGUUCUACCGCGGUCUGGCAUCGCCACUGCUGGGCGCCAUGGCCGAGAACGCCGUGGCCUUCUACGCCUACAACCGCAUCCAAAGCAUCAUCCGCACCGCAACCAACAACACUGGAAGCGAGCUGACGCUGCCGCAGCUGUUCCUGAGCGGCGGCCUCUCGGGCACCAUCUGCGCCUUUGUCAUAUCGCCGGUGGAGCUGGUCAAAUGCAAGCUGCAGGUGGAGAAUGUCCAGGCAUAUGGCGGAGCAGCCAGCACAGCCAAUGUGAAGUUUACGGGACCGAUUUCCGUGGUCAAGCACUUGCUCAAGACCCAGGGCAUUGCGGGCAUCUACAAGGGCAUUACGCCGACUGUGGCCCGCGAGACCGUCGGCGUGGGCUGCUGGUUCGGCGCCUACGAGGUCGUGGUCCGCCAGCUGAUGCGCUCGCAGAACAAGGCGCAAAAGUCAGACCUUGGCCCCGGCAGCAUCAUUCUGGCCGGCGGAUGCGCAGGCGUUGCCUACAACAUCUCGUCGUACCCGAUCGACGUCGUGAAGUCCUUUAUCCAGACCGCCGAUGUGCGGGCCACCGCUGGUGCUCCUGAGCGGCCAGGCAUUGCCAGCACCAUCCGCACAGUCUACGGCCGCGGCGGCAUCCGGGCCUUCUACCGCGGCCUUGGCAUCACCCUGGUGCGGGCCUUCCCAGCCAACGCCGCCAUGUUCAUGACAUACGAGUACCUGUCUCGCCUGUCCAUCGAGCUGCGCCAGAAAUAGACACAUAGAAUGGACCUUUGUUGAAUUUGUAAUAGUGACUCAUGGGAAAAA